CAAAAUCAAUGCUAUAUUACUGCUGUUGCCAGUUGCGACCGGCAUGGUGAACUCCCUGUCGCCGAUAAACAGGGAGACGUCUUACUUUUGACUGAGCAUCCUUAGUCGGCAAAGACAAAGCCGUCGUGUUUCUUAGUAAGCACCACAUUUUCCUUUUUUUUUUUUUUUAAAAAAAAAAAUAAAAUUAUUUCUUAAUUUCUCAAUUACGCGUUGAUUUUUUCAAACCAUAUCCAAUAACCAAUAUCAUAGUAGCCACUUUUUUUCUUCUUCUUCCUUACUCUCAAUCUCAUUUCACACUUUAAUCUUCAAUUCACAUUAUUUUUUUAUUAUUAAUUCUAUGAUUUAUACUCCAAUUGUGUUAUGAUUUUGAUCAUUCAUCAAUCCCUUGUUGGAAAAAUUCUACCUUUUUAGAAGUUGUUGAUUAUUGGUUUAGUGUUGUUGCUUAAGGGUUUUCAAUUGCUUAUUUGAUUAAAUUUGUUGACUUUUGAAUUGGGUCAGUUUCAAAUUUUCAGAUAGACACAAAGAGUUGAUUUUUAUUUUUUGUUUUUUCAAGAAAAAAAAUCAUUUUUUAGGUGAAAAAUGAUGUAUGAAUAAUGGGUUGCAUGAAUUUGUAUGAAGGUAUUGUUGAAAGAGAAUAGCAUUAUUGCAUGGUUGAAUAUUUGCUUGGUGGAGAAAAUGGGUUGCAUAAAUUCCAAGAGUUCAGCUGUGGAUGAUAGUAGAGAAGGUUUGACAAAUGAUUCGGGAUCAUCUAAAAAAAGGAACUUUGAGAAGAAGGUUUCAGGAUCAGAUUCGAAGAAAAGGGUUGACGGAGAUUUGGAGAAUGAUAAGUUAUUGGACGGUAUUGGCAUGAAAGUUUCAUUGAUUGACAAGGAAGCUAAUAAUGGUUCGGUGUGGUUGUAUGAUGAUCAGAAUGAGAAGAAGAAAAUGGAGAAACCCGAAGUGUCUGUUGUUGUUGAUUGUUCGCGUAUUGGAAGGGUUCCAAAAGCGUUAGAAGGAGAGCAAGUUGCAGCUGGAUGGCCAACUUGGCUUUCUUCUGUUGCUGGUGAAGCUAUCAAUGGAUGGAUACCGCGAAGUGCACAUACUUUUGAGAAAUAUGAUAAAAUUGGUGAAGGAACUUACAGCACUGUUUAUAAGGCACGUGAUUUGAUAAACCAAAAGGUCGUUGCCUUGAAGCGGGUACGCUUUGAUAAUCUUGAUCAUGAGAGUGUCAAGUUCAUGGCAAGAGAAAUAGUUUUUCUGCGUAGGCUUGACCAUCCAAAUGUAAUAAAGUUGGAGGGCUUGAUAACAUCGCAGUCGUCUCGCAGCUUGUACCUUGUUUUUGAAUAUAUGGAACAUGAUCUUACAGGACUUGCAACAGCACCUGACAUUAAGUUUUCAGAACCACAGAUUAAAUGCUACAUGAAUCAGCUUCUUAGUGGAUUGGAUCAUUGCCAUAGUCGUGGUAUCCUCCACCGUGAUAUAAAGGGCUCAAAUCUUCUCAUCGACAAUAAUGGCAUUUUAAAGAUUGCAGAUUUUGGUUUGGCAAAUUUUUUUGAUCCCGACCAAAGCGUUCCGUUGACCAGCCGGGUAGUAACACUGUGGUAUAGACCACCAGAACUUUUACUUGGAUCAUCAAAUUACGGAGUUGCGGUGGAUAUGUGGAGCACUGGUUGCAUACUCGGUGAACUAUACUCUGGCAGGCCUAUAUUGCCAGGAAAAACCGAGGUUGAGCAAUUGCAUAGGAUUUUUAAACUUUGUGGAUCACCAUCUGUGGACUAUUGGCAAAAACUGCGGCUGCCACAUUCUACAGUAUUCAGGCCUCCACACCAUUAUAGGAAAUGCAUUGCUGAUACAUUUAAAGAAUUUCCAUCUUCUGCUGUGAGGCUUAUAGAGACCCUACUCUCUUUAGAUCCUACACUCCGAGGAACAGCAGCUACAGCUCUGAAGAGCGAGUUCUUUUCAUUGGAACCCCUUGCUUGCGAUCCAUCAACUUUGCCAAAAUAUUCUCCCAGCAAAGAGAUUGACACUAAAUUGCGGGGAGAAUCAAGAGGAAGGCAAGGAGCUCUCGAGGGUAAGGAGCAAAAAGUUGGGCCACGAGUUAGACAAGAGAAAGAAACUCAGUCAUUUGUCUUAUCCAAAGCCAAUGCCGACUCCCGCAUUUCAGUGCAGCAAGGGCAACGCUUUCCAAACAUGACGAGCAAGAAUGAACAGUUCAACCCUCACAGAGUACCUCCUGUAUCUGGAUUUAUGGGUUUUCGACACAAACAGUCAGAAGGUGCUAAAAAGAAGGUUAAUUAUUUCUCUGGGCCUCUUGACCAGAGACCUUCACAUUCAGGGUUACUGGUUCCAGAUUCGGGCCGACACAAAUAUGGAAAAGAAGCUGGUGAGAGGUUUCUUCCUGUUUCAAAUAAAGUCAAUCUAUCAAAGCCAUCUAGAACUUCAUUGUCUGGAAAUCAAAAAGUAAAUCCAGCUUCUUUGAGUCCACAAGAUGCAACUCAAGUACAAAAAUCUUUAGGGUUGAGUAACGGAUCAGAGUCAAGAAGGCGGCAUGAUAGAAAACACCAUUCUCACAUAGAUGAUCUCAGCCAAACAGAAAAUGGAAAGGACGGGCAUGCAUCCAGCGGAAACAAUCUCUACAUGUCUGGUCCGUUGCUGGUUUCCAAUAUGGAUCACAUGCUCAAAGAGCGGGAUCGGAAGAUCCAAGAAUAUUCAAGGCGAACCAGAAAUAAAUUGGCCUAAAGGUGAAAGUAACAAAUUUAGGAUGAUUAGUAGUCAAUUACAUUUUCAAUUAUACAGCUAGAUACAUUUUUUUAUGACAAUAUUGUUUAUCUCUCGACAUGAUAGAGAGAUUGGGGGAAGUGUGUAUUCAUGCACGCUCCUUUUGUAAAUAAUAGGUUUUUAUAAUAAGAAUUUGCAGUUCCAUCCA